AUGGUCGCAAGGCUCGCAGGUGCGUCGCAGGUCAGGCUGAUAAGGCCUGGCUACGCGACCAUCGAGGUCGACCUGAAGCACGAGAAGGCCGCGGGCGACCGCGAGUCUGUGCAGGCGGCGGAGCGCUCGUUCAUCGAGCGCACCGCGCCGCGGAAGAAGGAGGAGCUGACGGAGGAGCAGAAGGAUGCUCGGGCCGCGGCUCGCAGGGCCAAAAAGGCCCGGCAGAAGAAGAACAAGGCGGAGAAGGCUGCGGCGGCGGCGGCUGCGAGCGAGGCCGAGCGUGCGGGCUACCCGUACGCGCAGCUGCGCGAGAACGCCAUGUUCGUGAUGGAGGGCCUGGAGGCUGCGGCGCAGGCGGCGCGCAUCCCCACCGGGUCCAAGAUUCAGGUCGCCUACUCGCUCCCUCCCGAGGGGGGCAGCGGGUUCGGCGACAUGGUGUACGCCACGGUCCCUAUGGGCUCCGUGGCGACGAAGGUUGCCCGGGACUGGCUCGCUAGCGAGCUCUACGAGCCGUCCCGGCGAGGCAAAAUUGAUGCGGCCUGCAGGGACCGAAAGGUUGCCGAGCUGAUCACGGCUGCCGGCGCCUCGGCGCCGGCCGACGCCGUGUUCGGCGGCAGCGGCGCAAGCCUGCACGAGGGCGAGCCAACGCCGCUGCAGCGCGCCGCGGGCGGCGAGGGCGAGGCGGCGGCGCUGAUCCGGCGGGCGGCGGCGCCGUGGUCGCCGGCAAGCCACUCCCUCUUCCCCGCGGCGGCCCGCGAGCGGGCGGCGCUCCUCGUCGUCUCGCUCUACGAGAUCCACGAGCGGCACCAUCUCGACUCGGCAGGAAACACGAACGGCAUCGCGGCGCGCGACUUUGUCACGUGCGUGCUGCGCUUCGCGAUCACGCGCGAGACGGAGUAG